ACAAAAAGUAGGUAAAUGCCGGAAACCUCUAAAAUGGUUUACUCCACGUUCAGCACCAGUUAUAGCCCUUCAAUUCACCAAUACGCAUCACAGCAUUUGACGAUUGGUCAUAUCUCAUGCGAUUGUUGUGGGGGUAACAUGGUGGAUCAAUUGACGAAGGAGCAGAUUGAAGAGUACAGAGAGGCAUUCGCCAUAUUUGACAAGAACGGCGACGGUAUCAUCACAACCAAGGAACUGGGAGACGUGAUGACGUCAUUUGGGGAAUUCCCGAAUGAGGGGGAGCUGAGAGAAAUGGUCAACGAGAUCGACGUUGAUGGAAACGGUGAGAUCGAUUUUGCCGACUUUCUUUCCCUGAUGGCCCGACCUAUCACCGAUGUACACACGGAACAAGAAAUCAAAGAGGCUUUCAGAGAAUUUGACAAAGACGGUGAUGGAUUUAUAAGUGUUACAGAUUUCCGUCACGUGAUGACGACGGUAGCUGAUACCCUGACUGAAGAAGAACUCGAUGAGAUGAUCGAGGAGGCUGACGCUCACGGCCAAGGACAGGUCAACUACGAAGAUUUUGCAAAGACCAUAGCAGAAAUGUGAGGAGGUACACACGGUUACACAUUCAUAACAUUUGAUGGAAGCCCCUCGUUAAUGAUGAUCUAAGAAUGUUCAACUGGAUGCGAACAUUUCUUACUGACUGCAUUUACAUGUGGAGAUGGACAGUCCUUUAAUCGAAGUGAUACCAAACCUGGUCAAUAAACUAAUCGCAGGUGUAGAGAACUACUUUCUCGGUUCUAAUCUAUGCAUUUUGAUUUUCUGAUAACCCGGUUCGCAUCAAUUUAUUUCUUCAAGUGAACAUAAAAACUUCUACAUAAAUAAAUCGGCCAAGCAGUGAUGAUGCAUGUAGGCAUACUGUCUUAUAACUUGAUACACUCUUAAACGUGAUUGGGCAGUGUUAUAUCGACGUAUUCAAUCCCGGCAAGGAAUAGAACUUUGGGAACCACGAUCCAAAACAGGCCAAAGUAUCCAAACAUGAUGGAGACGGCCUUAGACUUGGAAUAAUAUGUAAUAUUCAAAUGUUUUUUAUUGGGUUUUAUACUGGGUUGGUUGAAUGCUGAAUAGGAGGCCCUUUUUACCAAGUUCCCAGACAAUGAAGUGCCUCUAGAAUCCCAUGAUUAUGCUUUUGUUAACACAGCUGUCAAAUUUGUUUGCAAUGGAAAUAUGACAAUGGAAAUCUGACUUAUGAUUACAAGAGCAAUGAAAGGUGGGGCAAUAUUAAGGUGUAUUUGACCGAAAUAAAACACAUUCCCUAAAAUGAGGUCUCCCAUCGCAAAGGCUUGUUCGAUUCAUGGAUCGCUAAGCAGUUUCAAACACGAAUUUAGCGCUCGGGUGCAACCCCAAGGUAUCGAUAAACAGGAUGCCAUCAAAUUUCUCACCACAUUAAGUACCUGGUUGACAUAGCACAUAUAGGGAAUGGUUUGUUUGAGGAUCGGUCGUGGAGCCAACGCGAAAAUCAUUAAUGUGGGACUGGCAUGACUGAGGGCGUGUUUCCAAUACCUAGGAAGCUAUAGAAAUCAAUAGUUUAUCUUUACAAGGAUGCCGCUGCAGAAAAUCACAAGGACACUUUUACCCUACUUUUCGUUUUACUUCCACAAGUCACUUAAGCAUGGGCGAAACAAUGUAACAUCUAGCUACUGAACAAACAGAAACCCCCAGAACACAAUCCUUGAGGACAUUAUAAAUGAAAGAGGAUAACACGUGAGAGGAAGGGCUUUGGCUAAUGCAAUGAUGCAAAUAGAUCAUUCAAACAUGGAUGUGCUACUCCUGAUUCUAAUCGCAUGAAUGUGGUCAUAUUGACAUGAUAAAUGUCAAAUUUCUAUCCAAUAUUUUUUAUGAUAUCUCUAGUACUGAUAUGAAUUGUAAAUUAUUGGAAUGGUAAAUUACGGUAAUUUUCUUUCUUCGGUUCUUGCAUAUUAGAAUACAUUUCGAUGUAUUUCGUUUGUCUUGUAAUCGCGCUUUUACUUUUGAUUUUUAAAGCAAGUCCUUCAAUGUUACAUUCUUGAUAUAGAAAUGCGUUUCCCAAGGAGAUUCGUAAAUAAGGGCCCUAUUAUGUUAGAACCAAAAAUGUUAAAACGAUAAUUGCACAUGUUC